CUAUCCCAUUUGGCAAAGUCCCCAUUCUGGAAGUAGAUGGAGUUAUCAUUCACCAGAGCCUGGCAAUAGCAAGAUUCCUUGCCAGAGAAGCAGGUCUGGCAGGUCAAACACCUGUGGAACAGGCGCUAGCUGAUGCCAUUGUGGACACCAUAGAUGAUUUCAUGACGCUGUUCCCUUGGGCAGAGAAAAACCAGGAUGUCAGGAAACGAGCGUUUGAUGAUAUCCUCACCAACAAAGCACCCGAGUUACUGAAAGAUUUGGAUACUUUCCUGGGUGAUAAAAACUGGCUGGUAGGGAAGUCUGUAACAUGGGCUGAUUUCUACUGGGAUGUGUGCAGUACGACACUUCUGUCCUGUAAACCUGACCUGGCAGACAAAUACCCCAGGCUUUUGGCUCUCAGAGACAGAGUGCAAGCACUUCCAGCUAUUGCUGCCUGGAUCCAGAAAAGACCGAAGACAAUAAUGUAG